AUAUAGUCAUUCUCCAAUCUUUUAGUUCUUUUAUUCAGUCCACGCUGUUGAGCAGAGAUUUAUUUGCUGGAAAAUAUAAUUAAUAGUCGCAAUGGAACUCACAUGUCAAUUUCUUACUUAGUUGAUUGGGUCAAGGCUAAAAUAAAAGCAUUGAGAAAUGCUUACACACGAGUCAAAAAACCUCCUCCAAGUGGUAGCGCUCGCAAAAAUCUUACGAAGCGAGGUAGCUGGUUGCUGGAUAAACUGAAGUUCCUCUCUCCUUUCGUGGCAACAAGAGUUCCCAUUUCAAAUAUUGCUACUGACGAUUCCAAUUCACCAUCAUGCAUGACAAUUGCUGAUGAAGUUGAGGAUCAAAACGAUGAUGAUGACGACAGUUUUAAUGAUCCAGCAACACCAAGCAACAGUCUUGAGAAUGAGGUUGACUGUCCCAUUUCUAGUACUAAACAGCCAACACUUAUAAAGCCAAAUAGAAAAAGGCAGGCAGAUGAAGAAUACAAUCUCAUGACUUGUUUGGCAAAAAACAUCUCAAGAAAAAGAAGCAGAGAAAUGUCUCACAAGCAAUGUAAUAACCCGGAUGAAGCAUUUGGUCAUUAUAUCAUGCAGUCGUUGUCUGAACUUCCCCCCACUGUAAGACACUUGGCACAAUACAAAAUUAAUGAAAUACUGUUCCAGGCUCAAUCAGGGGAACUUACACAUCAAAGCACAAGAGUGCCAGUAGCUAUGCACCAACAUAUGUUUCAAACACCUUAUGCACAAAACAACUUGCACCCCAUCAGCAAUCAUAUGACAAAUAGUCAACGAUUCAACACAUCUUCCCCAAUAGAUGGUGGAUUGAGCCGUCCUGUUGUUAAUAUGUGGUCUUCACCAAUCUCUAGAGAGCUUAAUUGUGGUCAAGACUCAUCUGCCUAUGACAACAUGAGCUCUUAAUGGAUGUAAACAGUUAUUGUUAAUAAUACUACCGAUAUUUGUUGUAAAUGUUUAAUAACUUGCCUCCAAACAUGUUUCCUUUAACGAGAUA